CACUAGACCUAUUUGCUAACGUUAGUCUAAUUUACCUGGAUUACUUAGCGAACCAGUUGGCUGCCUUUCGUGUUUCUCAUAUAACCGUAGCUGGUUCCUUGCUAGUUAUAACUACAGAAUUAAUUGUAAAUUUAAAAGUUUUAUUAUUCAUUUGAUGUUUAUAACUCCUUUGUCUACUGUUUUGUGUAGCUGUGUUUUAUGGCAGGUCCCCCUUGCAAAAGAGAUUUCGAUCUCAGUGUGGUUUUCCUGGUUAAAUAAAGGUUAAAUAAAAUAAGUUAAGGUCACAAAUGUACAUUAUCUUGGCAACUAAUUUUAGCUUCUAGUUUGGAUUUUGCUAUCGAUAGCAAAGGAGCUGACCUGCGAGUUAGUUAACGUUGGCGAAGUAGCUACUUCACAAACGUCCAGAUAGCUAGCUAGGCUCGUUGGCUUGCAGUCAUGUGGUAAACCUGUUGCUAGAUUGCAAUGUUAGCUACAUUUAUAAAUUCCUGCCACCCGGCCAUAAAUUGAAGUUGGCCCAUCCUUUAACGUUAGCUACGAAGCUAACGUUAGUUAUGUUAUCAGUGAAGUGCAGCUGGAUUUAUAGGCGUCAACAAGAUAGAUUACAGAAGAAACGCUGAUGGGUGGGUGCUGGGUUUUCAAACCAUUUUAAGUAUUACCUAUUGUCUCCACUCAGUUCUACGAAACCACUUGAAUUUCUGUCCAUUUGUUCACUCUACAAGGGGUGAAAGCCUUCUCCAACUGGCCAACAAUCCCGCAAGUCUUCUUCAACGGGGAAUUUGUGGGCGGCUGCGACAUCCUUCUUCAGAUGCAUCAGAACGGGGACCUCGUGGAAGAACUAAAUAAGUUGGGCAUCCGCUCCGCACUUUUAGAGGAGGAGGAUGACGGGAAAUCAAAAUAGUUGAACUAAUGUGGGCCAGCCAAGGGGACGUCAUCCCUUUUAUUUGGUCUGGAGGAAAAUUGUGUCCAGUAUUUCCUGACCAGUCCUGCUUAAAGCUAAUACUGUUGUCAGGUGUUACAGGAAGAGAAUAUACCAAGGUAGCCACGUCUUGUGUUCACGCAGUCCAAACGUAAAAAGAAAAAAGAUUAAGCAAGCACUACUCUCCCGCUGCAUACUCAGAAAUGCUGGUUUACUGCACUGUAUUAAAAUGUACAAAAAAAAGCAUAUAAUCAAAUAUAUUUCUAAAGCUUGUGAAAUCUUUAUAUUAAUAAAAGGUUUUAAUGCAAAGGUGCACUUUUAUGGCAUAUGUUGUCAGUUGUUUGUGCCAAAUAAUUCUAAUUGUGAAGCAAUUGAACAGGAGCCGGCAAGCAUUAGCCUUCUUUUGUAUUUUCCACAUUGCAAAACUGACAUGUACAGCAUGGGACAGUAUUGCCUGCUGGGAAUAGCUUCUGCAGUUACAGUCCUCCUGAGGUUUACAGGAGACCUGAGAAAUGAUAAGUGAGAAAAACAAGGGGUGAACUGAUCUUACUCUUGUUUUUACAUGCUGUUCUGUAUUAAUGCUGGCUAACUGCAUUUCUAUGAUUACAUAGGUACAACUCUCCUCUUUUGUGGUUUACAGUAGUCAUUUCGUUAUGAUUAAAUGUGUGUACUCUGCCAUUAGACCCUGCUGAGGUCUUCUACCUGCCGUUUCACAGACCAAUGAAUGACAACCACUAACAGGUGAACAAGGGAAGUUGUAAUGUUGUCAUGGAAAUUCAAUGACUUUUUUUUUUGCACAUUGUUUCAUUUGGCUGGCGCAUUUCACUCACUCUGUCCACCAUACUGGCCAAUCCACACACCUUACAGGUAAGUAGGGGUGCUGCCAGGGAUUUUGGGCCGAAGAAAAGAUAACACAUUGGGCCCCACCACCCCAGAAAAUUCUGUUGUAAUAUUUUUUGAGGACCCCUUUCAGGGCCUUGGAAUCGUCCUAUCCCAGCUAGCUUCUAUGGAGGGAGGAGAGUAUGUACACCAGAAAGUACAGAUUCUACUUCAAUUACCUCCUCUAGUUCUGCCCUAGUUAUCAAAAUUUGCAACAUUCACUUUUUAUUUGCUGGAUAAUCCACAUCAGCCAUUAUAAGCACAAUUAAUAAUGUGACCAGAAGUUGAUCUUAAAAUAAAAUUUGGGUUUGACAGCCAAGAGCAGAAGCAGCUGAAUAUUUUUAAGAAUUUAAGGCUUGUUUAUUAUAUAUAACACCAGCAGGAAUGCAAUCUGAGGCUAUCUACCUAUUUCCAUAAUAUAGCUCAGAUGUUGCAUCCUGCCAGUUAAACCAAUUCAUAAACAAUAAUUUCAUGAUAUUAUUUAAAUAAUUACAUUCAUGGAUUAAGUAGUGCUCUCAAUCAGUGCUAGAGGUCAUAGUUGCUGCUAUAAAGUUUUGGUGACCGCUUAGUUUUCAGUUUGCCAGACAAAUAAAAAAUGCUGGCCAUAUGCAUAUUUUGUUUAUAAAACAGUUGUAUGCUUAUAUCAAAAAAUUACGACAAAAUCAUUUGUAUCGUGAACUUCUUUUUAAAUGAGUUAAAUGUCAGGGGCAUGCUGUAGAUAACUAAGACAUAUUAAAAGAUACAGAACAUAUGGCUUUACAGGGACGAUGUGAAGGAAGGCAAUGCAUUAGGGCAGAGUGGUAGAAGGAGGAUAUAGACAAGCAUUCUGAAUAAAAAUUUUAUACUUUAUAUAUUAUGCAUAAUGUAAAAUGAAUUGAGUUUAAUCUGAACAGGAGGUUUCCUCAGAGCAUAUUAUUAAAAUAUAUUGUUUUUAAGAAAAUGUGUAUUAUGAAUGUUAUUAAAACUCACCUUUGAAACCACCUUUUUGGGUGUGUGUUGUGAGGUAGGGCUGGGGGUGCCCACUGCUCACGUGGUGAAUAGACAGGAAGUGACAUGAAAGUAGUGUUGGCUUACCUUUUAUUGGUCCCAAAACACUAAAACAGUAGAAAUCGUCAAGAACAAAAGGAAUGGCCAAACUGGCAACCAAAACCACAAAACACUGGCACAUACCCACCACACUGCAUUCCCCAGCUCCCAAACACCUCUCCUCUAGGCCUGGGAGCCAAGCCUCUUUGAGCUCAUAGUUAGGUAAUAGGCCACAGCUGAUGUAAUUGAUGAACCACAGCUAUGGCCAUACCUGUCUGUAGGGCCGGUGCUGCCCCCUGGCACCACAUUUAUCCCCCCUGGCAACGACAAAGGAGGAGCAGUCUGAAAUGGCAAGGGAGACCCUGCUGGCAGGCCGGUUACAGCAAGCUGCAUGGCCUCCAUGUCUAGAGUGCGUCCAUGGGGCUGGCGAUGCGGUGGUAGCUUUUAGAUGGAAGCCUGAAGAGGACAGGGGACACGGAGCCUCAGGAGGACUCAAAGCAAAAGGAGGCAGCAGGAGCUCCUCAUCCGGAGGGCCUGCUGUGGCAGGAUGUGGGGGCUCCUCAUCUGCUGGGAGCCUCGCGGCAUCAGGAGGUGGCGGCAAGGGAUCCUCUGGAGGGCUCGCCGCUACAGGAGGCGGUGGAGGGGAAGUCUCUGGCAGCUCCACAAGGCAGGGAAGGCGGCAAUUGCCACCCAUCAAGAGGGCCCGCAGCUUUGGCUGCUGGCGAUGGGAGCCACUUAUCCCGAGGGCCCGCGGCUGCUGCUGCUGGCAGCAGGGGCAGUCAGCUGGAGGGCCCGCUGUGGCUCUGUAGGGGAGCCCCUUCUGAAGGGCUCUCUGGGCAAAGUGACUGGGCAGCAGGCUCCAGCUGGACCGAGCAGCGGAGCUGUGGCCUCUGGCGGCACCUCAGGACAGGGAGGCGAAGCUGCUUCUGACAGGUCCACGGUGAGCCUCCGGAAGCCGGAGAGGAGGACGAGCGCCGGUGACAAGACGGCUACGAAACCUUUUUGAGUUUAAGAAUUGUCUGAAAAAGACGAGAGUUUGAAUAAAAUAGCACGGCAGUGCUAAUAACGAAAACGGUUGUCUCCCGUGAGUGUGUUUUUAACCAGGAGGGGUGGCACUCACUUGCCACAGUGGUGGCCCGUGCGGGGGCGUAGUUUAAACACAUUACACAGAGGAGACAACAUGGAGCACAGCCAGGAGCAGGGGGAAACGGCACAACCGGUGGUAGCGCUGGCGAGGAUGCUGGAGGGGAUGGCGGCGAUGCAGGAGAGGCAGGCGGCGAUGCACGCCGAACAACUUGAGGCUCUGCGGGCACAGACCUCCCUCCAGACUCAGGCUCUACUGCAGCUGGCGGCUGUGGGAGAAACCAGCUCCCGAGAGCGACAGACCGGACCCCCCGUAGCUCUCCAUCUGCCCAAGAUGACCCGGGAGGACGACGAGGAGGCAUUCGUUGAGGGGUUUGAGGUGGCAGCGAGGGUGAGUCAAUGGUCGGAGGAGGAGUGGGUCGUCCGCCUCCUGCCCCUCUUAACUGGGGAAGCACAACAAGCUGCACACAGCUUACCCCCCACAGCGCGGGCGGUCUACGCCAACUUGAAGAAGGCGGUCCUAGACCGCCUGGGAUACAGCCCGGAAGAGCACCGGCGACGGUUCCGGGAGACGGCCCUGGCAGGAGAGGACCGGCCGUUCGCAUACGACUGCUGGACAUGGCGCGUCGGUGGCUGCGACCGGAACUCCGGUCAGCCGACGGGGUGGUGGAGCUGGUGACCCUUGAACGUUUUAUCGAUGGCCUCCCGGGGGAGACGGCGAAUUGGGUGAGGUGCCAUCGGCCGACCGGGUUGGCGGCCGCCGUCACCCUGGCGGAGGACCACAUGGCGCUCUACCCCCGCGGCCAGUCACAGCAGCAGCAGCAGCAGCAGCAGCAAGGACGGGCAGACUCGGCUCCGCGCAGGAGAGCCCUUCCUCGUUCCCUUCCUCCCCCCCUUUCUUCCUCCCUUCCCCGUGCCCAAACCCCCUCAUUUUCCCGCAACAACCCUUUUUUUUCUGUUUCCCCAGCCCCAGGCUCAGUGGCGGCGGGGUUCGACCCAGAGAGCUCCUCAGUCGCCCGGACCGGGGUGUUGGCGGUGCGGACAACCGGGUCACCUGCGCCGCGAGUGCCCGCUCAUGGAGGUGGGGCAGGUGGUUCGUGUUGUCGGCCCGCCCACCUCCACUCCCGACCCAGACGGAGCGUACUGUAUUCCGGUAAGGAUUCAAGGGAGUGAACACCAGGCGCUGUUGGACUCAGGGGCUAUGCAGACCAUGAUUCGACAAAGCCUGGUUCGACCCGAGGCGUUGUUAGAAGCAUCAAGGGUAUCUGUAAGGUGUGUGCAUGGGGAUUUACACGAGUACCCUAUCGUCUCAGUGGAAAUUCGGUGUCAAGGGAAAAAACAUAAAAUAAAGGCUGCGGUUAGCUCCCGCCUCUCGCACCCUCCGAUUUUAGGCACUGAUUGGCCGGGGUUCCGCCAGGCAGCUGGUAAGGUAGGGGGGGUGCGUUCACGAAGGGUAGGGCUGUGUGAUGUGUGUGCUGCUGUCAGCGGUGACGCAGGGUCGUCCGACGCGGCAGAGGGGGAGCCGGCACCAGUGGAGCCUCCGGGGGAGACUCCGCAGGUACCGGUGUUUCGCCCCAUGGAGGAUUUCCCACUCGAGCAGUCUCGUGAUGACACCCUACGCUUUGCCUUUGACCGCGUGAUGUCCAUUGAUGGUCAACAGGUGCGCCCUGAUGCAACACUCACUCACCCGUAUUUUGUAAUAAUUCGGGAUAGGUUAUACAAAGUGUGUCGUGACACUCAGACUAAUGAGGAAAUCACCCAAUUGCUGGUGCCUAAAAGCUCUCGGGAAAUUGUUUUUCAGACGGCUCAUUUUAACCCCAUAGCUGGUCAUUUAGGGUAUGAGAAAACACUGAACCGGAUAAUGGCCCGUUUCUAUUGGCCGGGCAUUUGGGCCGACGUGCGUCGGUGGUGUGCGUCGUGCCCUGAAUGCCAACUAGUAAAUUCCCCGGCUAAACCAAAAGCGCCGUUGCGCCCCCUUCCGCUAAUGGAGGUCCCUUUUGAGAGAGUGAGGAUGGACCUCAUCGGGCUAUUUGAUCGGAACACGCAGGGAUACCGUUUCGUGUUAGUUCUGGUGGAUUAUGCGACAAGGUAUCCCGAAGCAGUUCCUUUGCGCAGCAUUUCGGCAAAAAGUGUUGCGCAGGCAUUGUUUCAAAUAAUCUCCCGAGUCGGAAUCCCGAAAGAGAUUCUGACUGACCAGGGCACACAGUUUAUGUCACGCACACUACGUGAGCUGUACGGGUUAUUGGGCAUUCAAUCUAUUAGAACCAGCGUGUACCAUCCCCAAACGGAUGGGCUGGUUGAACGUUUUAAUAGAACGUUGAAGUCUAUGAUCCGGAAGUUCGUUCAUGAGGAUAGCCGUAAUUGGGAUAAGUGGUUAUCUCCUCUGGUGUUUGCAGUGCGGGAGGUUCCCCAGGCCUCCACGGGAUUUUCUCCCUUUGAACUACUGUUCGGUAGGAAACCCCGGGGGAUAUUGGACCUAGUUAAAGAAAACUGGGAGGAGGGUCCGAGUCCUAGUAAAAAUGAAUUACAAUACGUGCUGGACCUGCGAGCAAAACUCCAUACACUGGGUAAGUUGUCACGGGAGAAUUUGCUCGAGGCGCAGGCACGUCAGCAACAGCACUACGACAGAGGAGCUAAACUACGGCAAUUUUCACCGGGAGAUAAAGUUCUUGUGUUACUCCCUACCUCUAGUUAUAAAUUACUCGCCAAGUGGGAAGGGCCCUUUGCGGUCACACGGCGAGUGGGGGAGGUUGACUAUGAGGUAGAGCGUACUGAUAGAGAGGGGGCAAAACAGAUUUAU